GUGGCUGAAAGAGAAGUAUACAAAGGGAAGAACAGAUACAAGGAGUUGUACGCAUAUGACCACUCCCGCGUACCGAUACAGAAGGAAAAAGAUGAAGACUGCGACUACAUUAAUGCGAGCUACAUUGACGGUUACGGUAAAUAUCGGAAGUUCAUCGCUUCUCAAGGUCCAACCAAAAACAUGAUCGACGAUUUCUGGCGAAUGGUCUGGCAAGAAAAUGUUGACAAGAUUGUAAUGCUUACUAACCUGAUUGAAAUAACGACGGUAAAGUGCCUUCAAUACUGGCCAGAAAUGGACCAAACAUGCUCAUUCGGUGGAAUCGACAUAUCCGUCACUGGUGUUGAAGAGUUAAGCGAUUAUGAAAUAAGAACAUUAAUUGCUAAAAAGGCCAAAAGUGAAUCAAGGCGAAUUCAACAGUAUCAUUUCAAAGCCUGGCCAGACAAUGAUGUCCCUGACAAUGGAUGGUGCCUUGUUGAGUUUUUGAAUACUGUCGAAACACACACUACAAAUGGACCAAUCAUAGUACACUGCAGUGCCGGUGCACGUUUAUUGCACUUGACAACCUGGUAGAUCAGGCAAGGACUGAAAAAUGUGUUCGACCAUUGCAAGUGGUUGAAUACCUAAUAUGCCAACGAGUCAACAUGGUUCAGACAAAG